AUGUCGAAGGUGUGUAGCCCUCUAAGUCCACGCAUUUCACGGUUGUCCAGAAGCAAGAAAAAGAUCCAACUUACUCGGGAGAACCUAGAUGAAGUGAUUCGAUAUUUUCCAUCAAUCGUUGAUCUCAUUUUUAUCCAACUUGUAAGUAAGAAGUACAAAUCACUUUUACAUGAUUUAAAAGAGAAUCCCGUGCCGUUAUCAAAGGUAACCAGGCACUUAUUUCCGAACAUAGAAACGCUGAAUUUGUAUUCUCCGUCUUCUCUCAUAUUUCGAGAUGGAAACAUUAAAACCGUUGUGGUCAAAUACCCCGUUCCGUUUUCUGAGAUGAUCAACAAACAACGGUUGAAUAUUAAAUGCACACAAGUUGGAUAUUGUUAUGACGAUCGUAAAGUAUAUGGUGAAGACAUCCCACAAAAUGUCAAGCUGAUCAUGCCUCAUUGUUAUUACAAAGAUAAGGAGAUGGUUGAGUUUACUCUCCCAACACACAUUACAGCGCUGUCGGCGUCUGCCUUCGAGAAGGCGACUUCCCUUCGAAAAAUCGUCUUGUCACUUCACAUCCAAAAACUCGUCAACAACACGUUUUACAUGUGUACCUCCCUUCGCAGUGUCAUUCUCUUCUCUUCGUUAUAUUCAAUAGGCGACAACUGCUUUGAAAGGUGUGUAUCUCUCAAAUCGUUGGACAUCCCCAAGUCCGUCACCUUUCUUGGUGAUUGUUGCUUUACGUCGUGUACAUCCCUCAGAGAGAUGACUAUCCCGUCUCAAGUCUCUUCAUUAGGAAAUGGCUGUUUUGCGGACUGCCAUUCCCUCAGUCGGUUAAGUCUUCCAAAGGCAUUGAGUUACAUCGGGAGUUGUUGCUUCAAGGGAUGUAUCUCCUUGACGACGCUUCAAGUUGCUCCAUCAAUCAAGUAUGGGCAUCUGUGUUUUGUCGAUUGCUUCAAUUUAAAAGUUCAGAAAGUCAACACGUUCCGGUGUUUCGGUGAUGCGCAGAACAAGUUAUGUAUCACUCAAUAA